AUGGACAAGAGAAACAGAGACACAGAUAGACAGAAGGAACAGGAGAAACAGAGACACAGAUAUACAGAAUGGACAGGAGAAACAGAGACACAGAUAUACAGAUAUACAGAAUGGACAGGAGAAACAGAGACACAGCUAGACAGAAGGGACAGGAGAAACAAGAGACCCAAACCAAGAGACAAAGACCAAGAGACAAAGACCAAGAGACAAAGACAAAGAGACAAAAACAAAGAGACAAAGACAAAGAGGAGACAAAGACAAAGCGACAAAGACAAAGAGUCAAAGACAAAGAGACAAAGACAAAGAGACAAAGACAAAGAGACAAAGACAAAGAGACAAAGACCAAGUUACAACGACAAAGAGACAGAGAGACAGAGAGACCAAGAGACAGAGAGACCAAGAGACCAAGAAACCGAGAGACCAAGAGACCGAGAGACAAGGAGACAAGGAGACAGAAAACAGAAAACAGGAAGACAGAAAACAGAGAGACAGAAAACAGAAGACAAAGACACAAGGACAAAGAGACAAAGACAAAGGCAAAGAGACAAAGAUCAGUCAGAUCAGACAGAUCAGUCAGAUCAGACAGAUCAGUCAGAUCAGACAGAUCAGUCAGAUCAGACAAGGGACCCAAAUCGAAUCUUAAAAUAUGAAAACAGAUUAACUCUUUUCUUAUUGUAUGAUCAGAUUCAUGAAUGAAUGCUGAUCAAAGACUAUCCUGCCCGACUAGACCAGAGAGCGUUCUUUUCUUCUUAAAGAGCUACGUCUCGGCCCAUUAAAAGAGCGCACCU